ACCACAGCCAGCCAGCCAGAAGCAGGGCACAUCUCGACUUGGGAAACCCCCGAACAGCAACCCAAUAAGGCUUCAAGACUUCCAAGCACAUUCCCGGUCCGUUUGCACUCUAUCUGUGCCUGCACCUGCACCUGCACCCCCCAUCACAAUCUCGCCAGUGAUCCCAGGUGCUGCCGCUUGGUGACGAUCGCUGUCCCCCCCAGCCGAUGGAAGAUCCUUGCGACUACCACGCCAGCUGUCAAUUCUCACAUCACGAAAUGAAAGUAGCAACCUCGUAAGUUCAGACAUCAUCAUCAUGCUGCUCUCCCCUUUGUGGGCGGUUCAAUGACUACCGAGUUGAUGGUACGAAUGACACUGAGUUGGUAACAUCCGAAUGCUUCUGCGGUUGUGGAAUGGCCGGGUCGAGAGAACGGUACUUGAGAACUACGAGUCAGCGCUACAUGCCUACACGGCAUUUCCAGAUAACGGAUGAGAAUUCCAUGGCAGUCGCUGCCCUCCAACGCACGCCGUAUUGACUUAAUAUGGAUAUGGAGGGUGGCCCUAACCCUAAGAUACAGAACUCUACAGCAGUUGGUAGGGUACAGACAGCCAUGAGGCAGGCUACAGGACAGUACAGCAUCGAGAGAGGCUGCACGAACUCAACGGUAGUAUGUGCAUAUGUGGGCGUAUCGCAUCCUUUCCGGAGGUACGUCCAAGAUAUUCGAAGCCAUCAUGCCCCUCUUCCCUCUCUCUGAGACUCUCCCCUCUGUUGGUUCAGCCGAUGAAGCACCGCAAUGCACCUUCAUCUGCAUCUGGCCUUCUCGGGCUGUGAGAAAGUAUCUCCGAAGACGCUGAUGCUAUCGAUGCCAUUCCCUGGCCCUGAUCUUGUAUGUAUGUAUGUAUAGUAUGUACAUCAUGUACCUGUGCCAUUCCUCCUCUCACUCCACUUGAUCCGCAUUUCAUCCUCUUCCCGCAGCUCAACAUGCAAAUACGUUUUCCGGCUCAACUGCCACUUGAUGGGAGGGAAGGACCCGUUUUCGGGAAGCUUCUCGAGGUCAAGCCCUGUUUAUGUUCACAAUGUCAAGGAACUUCAGCCAGGCUUUUGUGUAUAUAUGCAUCUUGAGAGAACCAGGCAAAGGAUUGAACGAAGGUCUCCUCUUCACACUCGACAAUCGUCCUUGGUCACGCAUCUUAUAGGUCUUGAUAGUCCACCUAACCUAGGGCCAUACUACAAAUACGCCACUCCACCGAGGGAAAGCCAAUCGCCACUUUCACCUUUCCACAACCACGCAACAAUAAUCAAUGAGCGGUAAGCCGUGAGCAUGUGUGGUGGACUUAGCUGAUAAUAUCAGACCUACCCUUCAUAUAUAUCCCUUAUAUAUAAGCUCCCGAAGCUCUUGUUUUCACCAACUGUCUCGUCAGUAUUGAAGUGUACCAUUGAAUACUCUUUUUGGCCAACUGCAUUCAGCCCCUCGGCAGACUGAACCAACAUAAGAACGUGGUUCUCCACACACACGAAUCCAUUUCCAACAAACAAAAGCCGGCUUCCGAAAGAGGAAGCACCAACCGGCUCUCCUACGUCAACCAUAUCGUUUUUAGACGACAUUCACUUGACUGCCGAGUUAGACUACAUCUGGAUCAGAGCACAGGAGAUCAAGCUUGGGAUAUCAAACUUGGCUAUAAAACAUGAGUUACUACGGUCCUACUCCUCCACCUAUUCCAUACGACACAAGACCGGAGAUGCGAAGACCCUCGCAGCCAUCUCUAGAUGCUAGUCUUCAAAGUCUUACUCGCAAGAAUGCUGUCUAUUAUCCCAAUUACCGAGUCUACCGUGGAGAAACACCAGCAACACUGAACUACCACUGCAUCAACCAUGUCUUUUAUGCUUUUGCUCAAGUGUCACCCGAUGGCAUUGUAUCUGUAGGUCUUUGCCCAACUUGUAUAUUCUUGGACCGGGUCUGAUGAAGUUUAGUUGAACGAUGAGUGGGCGGAUGCACAAAUGCCAGUAGACGGAGCGACCGGAUGCAUCGGAUCUUUUAUGCGACUGAAGCAAGAGCACGAGUAUCUCAGGGUAAUACUGUCAAUCGGCGGAGGAGCAGCAAGCCAGAACUUUGCGAGAGUAGCAGCCCAUGCUUCAACCAGAGAUACAUUCGGUCGUUCUGCAAGAGCGUUAGUUCAAGCAUCCGGGUUUGACGGAAUCGAUAGCAAGUACUCUCACAAGCACUAAAUCUUCCCUCUGACAGGUUAUCUAGUCGACUGGGAGCACCCAUCAGAUCAAAUCGAAGGCCAGAACUUUCUCUCCCUCCUAGCAGCCAUUAGACUUUACCUCCCAGACAAUCAAUACCUCCUCACUGCUGCUCUCCCAGCCGGUCAAUGGGCCCUGCAAAACAUCAACCUAUACAAAGCACAAGACUACCUCGACCUUCUCAACCUCAUGGCCUACGAUUUCACUGGUUCCUGGUCCGAAAAGGCUGGUCACCACGCACAGCUGUACGCAGGGAAGCCUGGUGAACCAUCCAGUGCCGCAGCUGUGGAUUACGUUAUUUCCACCGGUUUCCCAGCGGCAAAGAUCCUGCUUGGUGUUCCGGUUUAUGGAAGGAGUUUCUUGGGUACCAGUGGACCAGAGCAUUCGUUCACAGGACAUGGAGGCGAGGAAGGGACAUUUGAGUAUAAGUACUUGCCGUGUGCGGGGACGGAGGAGAUUGUUAAUACAAGGGUUGUCGGGGCAUUUUGUCAUGGAGGGGAUGGAGAAGGAGGAUGGGUUACAUAUGAUAAUCCGGAGACGGUGAAAAUGAAGGCGGGAUUUUGUAAUCAGAGGGGACUUGGGGUAUGUGUGAUUUCCGUUCGAUCCCUUUUCUUUUUCUGUUGUCUCUACCAAUUAUCUCUUUCCUUCCCGCAUCUCUUUCUUGGAGUCUGUUCGCUUCUGUGUCCGAUCAUGUAUUGACAAUACGUUUCAGGGCCUCUUCUACUGGACCGGAACCGCAGAUGUCCCAAGUGGACCCAGGAGUCUCGUCUCGGCUGGCUUCAAGGCUCUACAUGGAUCUUGAAGGGCGCGCGCAUCUGUUUGUUUACGAAUUUACGAGAAAUAACGUUCCCUAUUUCAUCCGCCCCCCUCCCUCUUUGUAAUUUUACGAAAAUCGAACCCGCUUCUUCCAUAUGGAUUGGGAAUCAGCAUACUGGAAACAAGCAAGCAAGCAUGUACGCAUAGACUGGGGAUUGGCGGAAUGUUUUU